AGGAAAGGAUGGCAGUUCCAGAGUGAAAGAAGACGGUGGUUAUAUUCUCUACCCACAGCAAACAUGGCGGAAAAGGCUUCAUCCUGAUAUCUGGGCCACCAAUAAAGAUGGCCACAGCACUUCCUGUGUUUGCCCUUAACAAAAAUGGCGACAACACUUCCUGUUCAGGGCUUUUGCCUUCAACAAAAAUGGUGCUUACGGUACAGGUUCUCUGACACUUUGGAGUCCGGUUGCAGUUUUUUUUUUUUUUCCUUAAGAUACGUGUUUGCAGACGGGGAGAUGGAGGCUAGAGACAAGCAAGUGCUUCGCUCCCUUCGCCUCGAGCUGGGUGCAGAGGUACUGGUGGAGGGACUGGUCCUCCAGUAUCUUUACCAGGAAGGGGUCUUGACGGAAAGCCAUGUUCAAGAAAUUAAAGCUCAAGCCACAGGCCUCCGGAAAACAAUGCUGCUGCUGGAUAUCCUACCUACCAGGGGUCCUAAAGCAUUCGAUGCCUUCCUAGAUUCCCUGCAAGAAUUCCCCUGGGUGAGGGAGAAACUGGAGAAGGCAAGAGAAGAAGCCAUGGUUGAGCUGCCUGCAGAUGACCGGUUGGCUGGAAUCCCCCCCCACAUCCUCCACAGCUCCCCUUCCGACCAGCAGAUCAACCAGCUGGCCCAGAGGCUGGGCCCCGAGUGGGAGCCCGUGGUGCUGUCUCUGGGGCUGUCCCAGACUGACAUCUACCGCUGUAAGGCCAACCAUCCCCACAAUGUUCAGUCCCAGAUGGUGGAGGCCUUGGUUCGCUGGAGGCAGCGCUUCGGGAAGCAGGCCACCUUCCAGAGCCUGCUCAGGGGUCUCCAGGCCGUGGACGUGGACCCCUCGGUGCUCCAGCACAUGUUGGGAUGAUGGCGCCCCGUCAGCACCUGGGGAGUCCAUCCCCUAGUCUCGUGUGCCGGAUCCUGACUCUCACCCAGUGCAGGUAGAUUUGGGGGGACUGGUUGGUUUGUUUUAGUGAUUUCUUAGAUGAAAGCAGAUAAUGGGAUUUCCACUUGACAUUACUUGAAAGGCGGGAUGACUCAGUUGGUCUCCCACGGUGAUUUGACAAUUCAUUGUUUCUCAUUGCUCGGAGAUUACAUUAUUUGAAUUGUGCAGGUUUUAAUUGUGUGGUUGCCAUUUAAUAGACUGGUAGAUCCUAGUGGCUCCAAAAAAUACAGGUUAUGAAGCAGAAACUAACACACCAUUGUAAAGCAAUUCUACUCCAAUAAAGAUGUAUAAAAAAGAAAUACAGGUGUUCUAUAUAUAAAACAUCCACUUUUAUGUUGCCUGGGAACUGAACUGUGGACUUAGCUAUCAAUCAUGAUGUUAAUAAUAAAAAUUGAAUCACUGUAUAUAAUGUGGCCCUCUCAUGAGAAAGUAUUGCUUGUGUUUUUUUUCUUUCAUUCUUGUGUUGCAUAGAUUAAGGGUGUAAAACUACAGUAGUCCUUUCUUUGGAACAGAAUAGUAACAGCGAAAUGGUUACUUUCUCUAGUCAAGAUAAAUCGCUCAGGCAGGGUGUCUGCAUUAAAUUUAAGACACUGAAGCUCCCUGCAAAAACCAGUUCAAGUACCAGCAUGCAUACCUGAGCCCUUUAUCUUUAAAAGAUUUGCUUAAGAAAAUCCCGCGCCCUUUAUUUAAAGGACUGGGGGUGGGGGGGCAGUGUGGUCUUUCCGUUGAAGCCUUGAUGAUUGAAGUGUUGUGCUCCUAAGGACUGUGAUUUAGUUUUCUGACUUUUUACUAAUAACACAUGGUAUUUGUCAAAUGCUUUACUGUUUUCAGGGCUUUUCACACAUGUGAUCUCAUAUGGACCUCACAAAAAGCCUAUGAAGUAGUUAGGUAAGAGAGGUGAGCCCCGUCCUGUAUCAAGAUGAAGCGAUUUGCCUGGGCCGGAUGAGUGAGCGUGUGUCUUUGCAGCACUGGUCCUGUGUGCCCUUUCCAGCUGCUCCAUCCUGCUCCAUCCUCUCUCUCACAUGCUCUGGAAGAAGCUUGCUGCCCUCCUCCUGCUAGCAGCAUCUCCUCAGACAAGUUACUACACUUCUCUAAGCCUCAGUUUCCUCAUUUGUAGAGUGAGGCAAUGAUUGUCCCCACCUCCAAGAUUUUUGUGAUGAUUAAAGGAAUAACAUCUGCCACAGGCUCAUCUAGUGCCUGGCCCAUCACCAGCUCUUGGGAAAUGGUAGCUGUUAAUUCGCUGCUGUGGCUGAACACGGAUGCAGUUCCCAGACCAAGUUGAACAGUGGCUAAAGCUGAGGGUACUGUAGGAGGAAGUGCUAUUACCACGUUUCUUGCUAAGCUUUAAAAUGUGAUAUGGCUUUAUUAAUGCUACAGUGGGUCCAAUCAGGAGAGACACAGGUGAACAUUCCCAAUCUGUGAUCCAUCCUUCUGAAUAAUUAGAGAAUCUAUUUUCUAAUACUAACUUAACUCAGAAUUUUUCAAAGGGAAAAAAAUUCUGAGGGCAAGCAUAUACAGUGCUGAGGUUGGACAGAAAGUGGUGCUCAAAAUGGUGACAGUCGUGAGUUACUUACAUCCUUUCAGAUGUCUAGUAACCAUAUUCCCUUUCCUAAAAAGAAUCGGUUAUUUUACGGUUCAACAAACAGUUCAGAAGGACGGUCCACUGGCCUUAUCAGCUCUAAUUUUCCAUUUUGUAGUCCAGCCAUUAAUUCAUUAUCUUGUGAAAUCCUCACACUUUUGGCCCCAUCACUGCACCCCGUGACAGACUGUUCUUCCACGGCAUCUUCAAUAACUGCUUGUCAUUUUGAACCUUGGACUUGUUAGGUCGCUAUUCGUCCCCCUGGGUUUGCUAACAGAGAGGAGCUUUUGUUUUCACCACAUGUAUGGAUGAGCGAGUAUAACUGGGCUCGGCUGCAUCUGACUAGAUGGCAUUUUAGGAGUGGGUCUGAUGACUACCCAGGGCAUUCCUGCCAUUUGUAGGGCAUCUGUUAUGCACAGGUCCCUUUGUGCUCUGCCAGCAGUGAAGGACAAUUUGUGAAGAACUUGCCAUGAUGGGCUGAUGGGGUUAUUAGGGAGCUCUGACUUGUUGCCCUCAAUGAGCAGGGCAUCUCCACCAUCAACUAGCAGCUGCAGCUCUUUGGGCCUGCUCAUGCCCUUGCAGAAGAUUUGCAGAAUGCAAGAACCGAACAUCAAAUCACUGCCUAAUUUCUACCUCUUACUGAGAAGAGUGAUACUACAUGGCAUCUGCCUACCUCCCAAGAGAAUCCAAUAGGUGAUUGCCUGCAAGGAGUCCAUGUGUUUUUGCACGGAAGAAGGUUCUACAAUCCCAGAGACUGCCUACUCCCAAUAAAAUUCUUAAUGAGUACAAUGAGGUGGUAGAGCAUUUGUAGGUGCUGACAAAAAAAAAUGAUUAAAAAGUCUAACUCCACUUUUGUUUGGGGUGUGUGUGUGUGUGUGUGUGUGUGUGUGUGUGCGCGUGUGUGCGCACACAUGCACGUGCGUGAGUAUGCCCCGUAACUUUUUAAAAACUGUAACUUCUAUGAAAUUUUCUCAGUACAAAAAUAGUACAUCUUUUUUAUAGCAGUGAAAAAAUACCAAUGAGCAAGAAAAAAAAAAAAAGAAUUGCUCCCACUCCCAUCUUCCGAAGAUAACUACUUUUACAGCCCAGUUUUGGUCUGUGUCCUCCAGUUCCUUUCCCAUGCCUGCAUAUUCUCUCUAUAAUAAAAACAGGAUUGUAUCGUACAUGCUGUUUUACAGUUGGCUUCUUUUAUUUAACAUAUAACUGUCUUUCCAUGUCAUUAAAGAUUUUUCUAUACCUUUCAA